GUAUUCUCUUAUUAUUUAUAUGCCACAAAAGCUUUAGGUUUGAGGUUACAAUUAAUUUGUGCAUUUGUGUUGCUGUCAAUUCUUUUUGACUGGCACCGUGCAAGCUUAAUAAAUUGUAUAGUAAUUUUGUGGAAUUAAUAGAAGUAAACAUGAGUUACUCUAAGUUCGAUCUAACAUUUAAAAUCGGUCAAUAUUUAGACCGUCACCUUGUAUUUCCUCUAUUGGAAUUUUUAGCUGCGAAAGAGACCUAUGACCAGUCUGAGUUACUUCAAGCAAAGUUGGAAAUUCUGAGCAAGACCAACAUGAUUGACUAUGUCAUUGACAUACGAAGAAUGCUUUACCCCGAGGAGGAUACUCCGGAGGAAAUAAAAGAUCGGAGAGGUGUGGUACUCUCGCAACUCCAAGAACUUCAGGAUGCCGUUGAACCAGUUCUACGACUCAUGCAGAGAGAUGAUGUCAUGAAGACUGUUGAAACCAUGAGAGAUCCAAAAACUCUAAUCAACUACCUGACUACUAAUAAGGAGUUUGAGUUUAAAAUAGAGAUGAUAGAUAGCAUGUAUCGACUGGCAAAAUACCGGUAUGAAUGCGGUAACUAUGUCGAGUCUGCUUCUUAUUUGUACUUCUGCCAGCUUGUCAUGUCACCCACUGAUAAGAACUAUUUGUCAGUUCUUUGGGGUAAGCUGGCAAGCGAGAUCCUGGUACAAAAUUGGGACGGUGCUCUAGACGACUUGACAAAACUACGCGAGUUCAUUGAUAAUGGCGGCGCGGGCGCCACUGCCAGUAACAUGCAGGCACUGCAGCAACGCACCUGGCUUGUACAUUGGUCUCUCUUCGUAUUCUUCAACCACGUAAAGGGGCGGGACCUUAUUAUUGAAAUGUUUUUGUACAAACCAUUGUACUUAAAUGCCAUCCAAACGAUGUGUCCUCACAUUCUACGUUACCUGGCAACCGCAGUCAUUAUAAAUCGGUCGCGCAGAAAUGCUCUUAAAGAUUUAGUGAAGGUCAUCCAACAGGAAGCUUACACUUAUAGAGACCCUAUCACGGAGUUCAUUGAGCACCUCUAUGUAAACUUUGACUUCGAGGCGGCGCGCAGGAAAUUGAACCAAUGCCAAGCAGUGCUACUGACAGAUUUCUUCCUCAUUGCUUGCUUGGAAGAAUUCGUUGAGAACGCCCGCCUUAUGAUAUUCGAAACUUUCUGCCGUAUACACCAAGUUAUCAGCAUAGGAAUGUUAGCAGAAAAUCUAAACAUGCAGCCUGAUGAGGCGGAAUGUUGGAUUGUGAAUCUUAUCCGUAACGCGCGAUUGGAUGCGAAAAUUGACUCAAAGUUGGGCCACGUAGUGAUGGGAGCGCAGCCUCUUUCGCCUUACCAGCAGUUAGUAGAGAGAAUAGACUCCUUAGCUGUCCGUUCUGAAGCUCUUACGUCAUUAGUUGAACGUAAACAUAAGGCCCGUAAUCAAGAUAUUCGUUGGGGAACACAAGAAUUCUAAGUAUAAGACAUAAGAUUUUACUACUCUGUUACAGCUGUCACGAAAGUGUUGCAACCUUUUCUCUUGUAAAUGGGGGAAUUUGUA